AUGGGUCAGAAUGGGCUUAGGGCAUGAUUUUCUCCUGUUCUUCAUGUGGUCAACCCUCUAUCUCGGUCAACCAACGUUUAUGAGAGGUAUGUUCUAAACUCAUCUCCAUUUUCUACCUUGUGUUUAGGACUGAUUUCAAGUACGAAACUAAUCCAACUCCUUUGUUAACACAUAUAUUAAAACAGGGCUGCUUUGGGGGUUGAAAAAGAGAUGCAAAAGUCAAGGGCACAAGAGGUCAACUUCUCCUCCUAUCUAUCCCCGUAUAGUCGUAUAGUUAGAACUUUGUCAACUCCAUGUAUUUUAUUCUUCAUUGACUAUUAGAUAUGGAGAAGCUUGAAUUCUGAUUUCAACCACCAAAGAGUUGGGUGUCCCAUGUCUAUGAUUUUUAUUUCUCUCUCUUUCUUCUCUCUCUUUCAGCUGGUUUCUUGCCUGAAACUAAUCCUGAACAAAGUAAGAAAGUGGGUUGACCUUCACAGAGAAGGGUUUCUCUGUGUCUUUGAUUUUUAUUUUUAUAUCUUUCUUCUCUUCAUGAACCAUCUUUUAAUAUUUGUAUUACGAAAUGGAGUAAUCUGAUUUCGUACCUGAAAUUAAUACUAAACGAAGCUAGAAAGUGGCACUCAGUCUAGAUCUCUCAUUAAUGUUUUUUAUUUUUAUUUUUCUCUCAUUUAAUAUUUGUAUUAUGAAAGGAAAUACGUUGGUUUCGUACUAGAAAUCAAUCCUAAACAAAGGUAGAGAGUGGCGCUGAGGUCAGUACCUCUCAUAGAAGUUGGUUGACCAACUCUCAUCUUUACUUGCCCAAUAUGAGUAUUCUCUCACACUUCAUACUUAAAGACUUCGUCUGCUCCUCACAACUUCAACAGAAAAUAAAAAUGUCUCAUAUUUUCUUAGAGUAUGGGAUUAAUCUUGGGCUGCGAACUUCAUUAAAACCCAAAUAACAUUGAAAUUUUGGAAGUUGAAAGAGACCCUAUUAAUAUAUCAGUUAAAUAUCUACGAUAUUAAUCUUGUGCACACUAAUUUCUAAUUUUUGCGAAUUAUAGUGUGGAUAAAAUGAUAUUUGAUAUUAAUAUAUUUUAUUUAUUCACGAUAUAUCUAAACUUUAACUCAGUGAAUAGAAAUUUAACUAUCACAAUGGAGAAUGGUUAAAUACUGACAUGAAUUUAGAUUCUAACUAUGUAUACAGCUUCCUUGAACGCCUAUACAAGUAUACAGCGGCGUGACGUACGGCCAGGUGGCGGAGAUUUUGGAAGCCGGACAGAGCAGUACGUCGAGAGUUAAAUCAUGAUCUCAUUAUCUUCUUCUCCGUCGGCCGAGAACAUGGUAGUAGAUGAGCUUGGCAAUCGUCUGCUCUCAGGUUGCGUCGCGGGCAGCGUUGUGUGCCUGCUUACGAUGCCGGGCCUCUGUGCGUGUCUCCUCCUCGGGUCCGCCCACCGAACGAGCCUGCGACUGAGAUACAACCUGGUGCAGGCCCCCGCGGAUGACUUAAUCAUCCACCUCCUCUGCCCCACAUGUGCGCUGUGCCAGGAGUAUAGGGAGCUCAAGAACAGGGGUAUCGACCCCUCCAUGGGUAUGUAAGACCCUUCCCCCCCUGUUCCUCCCUGCUCUCUCGAGCUCGAAUGUCGACCUGUCCUCUGGGGGCGUCCUCAGGUUACCAGAAUUACCUCGCUCAACAGCAACAAAGGGCUGCGUACACAGAUCCCCCCCCCCCCCCCAAAAGUCAGUAUAUGAACUGA